UUGUACUCGUCAGUUCUCGUUUGCACUGGUUCAGUCCUCGUGCAAUUCGAGUUCAGCUAUAAAGAACAAACCUCAUAUGUGGGAAAACCUUCAUCGUGCAUUCUGAAUAUCGAUGACGAAUAUAAAGAAAUGUUUAUGUGGUGAUAAAUUCGAAAGUGAUCUGUGAUUCGCGAUAAAUGGCUAGCUCGUUGGGCGCAAUCGAUUGGGAAGGAUAUCUGAGAAAGCAGGCGAGACACCUGGAGAAUGAAAUCGAUGCUAAGUUAGUGGCAUUUAGCAAACUAGGCAUAAAUGCCGGCGCUAGACAUGUCAACUCAGACGAAGUACCCCUCUUGGAUGAGGAGCACGUGUUCGAAAACAUGGCCUCGGAAAUAGAGACAUUGCUCUCUAAAUUAUUCUCUAUAAAUGAGAGGAUGAGUGAGUUACAGCCAAAUGGAGCAGCAAUGUUACAUACGAUGCAACGUCAUAAAGAGAUAUUGAAGGACUAUAAACUAGAAUUCAAUAAAAUUAGGAAUAAUUUUGCGGCUAGGAAAGACCGCGAAGAUCUCCUGGGCAGCGUUCGCAAGGAAAUAGACAAUUACAAGAGCGCUAGCGGACUGAAUCGACGAGAGAUGUAUCUUAAGGAAAAUCAACAUAUUCAUAACUCGGACCGAUUGAUCAAUGAUCAGAUAAGCAUAGCAAUGGAGACACGAGAUCACCUAAUGACGCAAAGACAGGCGUUCAAACGUAUACGAACCAGAUUCAACGACAUCUCAAAUCGAUUCCCGGCGGUGAAUAGUCUGCUGCAAAGGAUAAAUCUACGUAAAAGAAGAGAUUCCGUUAUACUUGGCCUCGUCAUCGGAGUUUGCACGUUUCUGAUGCUUCUGUAUGCCUUCCAUUAGAACCCAUCAGGCAUACGGAUACUAAUGAAAAACAAUACCAAUACUUCCAUCCUCCUCAAAUAACACUCAUGGGAAUAUAUAUACAUUUUUAGAAGUAUCUCAAGAUGAUAAUAAGCACGUAGAGUAUUUUAGCUAUUUAGGAUGAGCGAGGUUGUAUAUGUGCGUAUAUCGCGUGAAUGUCGAGUAGGAUUCCUCUUUUCUCUCCCUUUUCCCCCUUCGCUUCUUCUCCACCUACUUGCAAUCGAAGUGAAGAAAGUUUAUCUGUACAGUUUUUUUAUACCGAGAUAAAAAGCGUGGACACGUGAUAUAAGCGAAGGGUCAGUCCACAUUUGACAUGUUAACUUAAUAAACGUUAAAGUAUAUGUAAUUUCCUUUUUUUUUGUAUCAAUGAUCCGACUCUCAACCUUCGAUAAAGAGGAGAAAAAAUCUCGAGCUACAAUUUACCUACAUCUCGUUUAUAUCAAUUACAGGAGUCUCCUUUUUAGCGAACGCGUAACUGUUAUCAAAAUAAUGUGCACACUUUGCGAUAAAACCAUUGUAUUUCGUACUUGUAUAAACUAAUUUUCUUUUUUACGAUUUGCACCACGCAACACAUUUCGAAAUAACAUGAAUAAAAAAAAAAAGAAGACCGAUCAGUCGUCGAGUUCUCAAACGAGAAAGCAUUUUGAUAGAUCAACUCUGAGGGAACGAAAAUUGAGAAAAGUUUCCGGGCCGCGAUGGGGAUGAUGGAGGGAACAUCGUCGUCGUUUGGAUAAGAAUUAUUAAUUUUACAUACACAGAGACAUUUAUACAUGUAUAUAUACACGCACACUCGUUCACGAAAACGUUCGUGAAUCCAUGAGAACACAGCACAUUACGAAAAAGGAAUCGUCUCACUAAGAAAGCGUGACGCCUGUUUCCACGUGCAACUAGAUACCGCAUUUACGAUACCACGCCAGCAAAUAGGAACUCAAGCGAGAUUAAUUGUAAAAAUAUCCAAUACAACACGCGUGCUGUUUUUAUACGAAGCACGCUCCGUUU